CCGUGUGAGACAAGCAGCAGAUCUCCAGCCUAUACAAGCGUGCGGUGAAUGAAGGGAAGAUCCCUGGUGCCGGGACGCGCUCGGUACUGCUGAGAAUCCACUCCACAUUUCCCCGGUAGCCCGGCUGCUCCUGGAUCGCAGCAGAGCGAUGUGCAGCGCGUCUCUUCGCCUGUCUCUGUCCGGGAUUUCUUGCCUUCCAGUGUGAGGAGACGCUUGCAGCCGUGCUUAGCUCAAGUUCCCUGCGCCCUGCUCCUCACUGACCAGACACUGUCUGACUGGCCGGGCACAUUCACCUUGGCUCUGGCACCCACCGAGCUGCUCGCAGCGUCCAUGCCCGAUUGUGCCAAUGAGCCGCACAGAGUCCAUGUUAGGAAUAAGCGUCGGAUUCCUGGAUGAGCCGGUGUAUAGUGAAAACUUUUCCCUCUCUGCGCUUAGCGGAGUAAGUGUCUAGGGGGCGCCUUUCUCUCGUCUCCUGCACUUAGUGGGGCUUUAAAUUCUCCUUUGGAAUUGGGGGGGUAUUUAUUUGGCAUCGCGGUGGAAGUACCUUACUGGGAUAUAUUGUCGGAUAGCGUGUGGAGGAAUUGUCCCUUUGGAUUAUUCUCGCCUUGGGCAGCAUGUUUGGGAUGGAGCCGGUGCUGUGCUGGGGAGCGGUGCUGCUGUCACUUUGCGCCGGGGCUGAUGUGAGAGUUCGCAGUUGCAGUGAGGUGAGACAAGCAUACAGCGCUAAGGGAUUCAGCCUGGCCAGUGUCCCCUAUCAGGAGAUAGCAGCAAAAAGACUUCUGUAUCAGUCACAAGGAUUCAUGAAGAGAAGAAAAGGGGAACAUUUGCGUAUCUGUCCUCAGGAAUACACAUGCUGCACUUCUGAAAUGGAAGACAAGUUAAGCCAACAGAGCAAAUUGGAAUUUGAAAGCCUUGUUGAAGAAACAAGCCAUUUUGUCCGAGCUACUUUUGUGUCAUGGCAUAGAAAGUUUGACGAAUUUUUCAGAGAACUCCUGAAAAAUGCAGAGAAGUCACUUAACGACAUGUUUGUGAAUACUUAUGGAAUGCUAUAUAUGCAGAACACUGAGGUGUUCCAAGACUUAUUUACCGAACUGAAACGUUACUACACAGGAGGCAAUGUCAACCUGGAAGAAAUUCUCAAUGAUUUUUGGGCACGGCUGCUUGAACGCAUGUUUCAGCUUAUAAAUCCUCAAUAUCAUUUCUCUGAGGACUACCUUGAGUGUGUCAGCAAAUACACAGACCAACUGAAACCUUUUGGAGAUAUACCUAGGAAACUCAAAGUUCAAGUUACAAGAGCACUUAUCGCAGCACGAACAUUUGUCCAAGGUCUCACUGUAGGUCGUGAAGUAGCAAACAGGGUAUCCAAGAUCAGUCCAAACCCUGGGUGCAUUCGUGCCCUAAUGAAGAUGCUCUACUGCCCUUACUGUCGCGGCCUACCAUCAGUGAGACCCUGCAGCAAUUACUGUCUCAACGUGAUGAAAGGCUGUCUGGCCAAUCAGGCUGACUUAGACAUUGAAUGGAAUCUCUUCAUAGAUGCCAUGCUGUUGGUAGUUGACAGAUUAGAGGGACCAUUCAAUAUUGAGUCAGUUAUGGGCCCUAUUGAUGUGAAAAUUUCUGAAGCCAUCGUGAACAUGCAAGAAAACAGUGUGCAGGUGUCAGGAAAGGUCUUUUUAGGAUGUGGCCAGCCCAAGUCUCCACCAUUACUACGGCUUUCACGAUCAUUUUCAGAAAAUAACAAUGUGCGGUUCCAUCCCUACACUGCAGAGGAGAGACCCACAACUGCUGCAAUCACAAGCCUUGACAGACUGAGGACUUUAUGGAGGACAAUGCAGAAUGCUGUUAUUGAAAUCAAAGACAAACUGAAGGUAUCAAAGAAAUUGUGGUCGAGUUUGCCACAUGCAAUCUGUAAGGAAGUGAGAAUAACAGGAGAAAACCCAAAUGAAGACAAAUGCUGGAAUGGGCAGACUAGAGCUCGGUAUCUGCCUGAAAUUAUGAAUGAUGGACUUAUAAAUCAGAUCAAUAACCCAGAGGUGGAUGUAGACAUCACAAGGCCAGAUACAUUCAUAAGACAGCAAAUCAUGGCACUCCGAGUGAUUACGAACAAACUGAAGAAUGCAUACAAUGGGAAUGAUGUCAACUUCCAGGAUACAAGUGAGGAAACCAGUGGCUCAGGAAGUGGCAGUGGGUGCACUGAUGAUAUCUGUCCGACUGAGUUUGACUUUAUCACCACCGAAGCACCACUUUUUGACUCAGACAGGGGGGAGAUGGACUUUUCUGCAGGAUCACAGAUUAGCCAGUCACAUUUCACAGUGCUCAUAUGUGUCAUCCUGGUACUACAGAGACAAUGGAGAUAAUCUAUAAGCUCCUGGGACUGUUUUAGUUAUAAAUAAUAGUCAAUUUUCUUCUUUUCCUACACUUUUUUGGGCAAUGGACCAUUUCGCAACCACUGACGUUUCUACUUCUGCUUUCUUUUGUUCCUUGCUCCCCUUUAAUUACAGGCACCAGUGUUAUAUUCUAAGAGUUUCUUUUUGGAGAAUUUGAUUUUUGGAGAAUAUUCCAUAGAGGCCCUUGAGAACAUUGUGUUAAGCUACAAGCAACAACAAAAAAGAAAGGUUUCAGAAUAUAGCCUUAGAUUUUAAAUUAAAAAGCUUGGACAGCAUGUUGUGCCAUUCACAGCUAAAUACUGUAUGUCUACACACAGGUCCAUCAUAAUUGGAUAAUGCAUGUAAUGUUUCAGUAAGCUAAGCAAUUUCACUUAGCACUACCACAUCCUGAUCUCCGCUGUAAUGAAAAGGAAGAAUAUGUGCAGCCACUGCUAUCUGAAAAGGAGCUAAUGUUACAUGGAGCAGAGAUAAUCGGACAUGUAUCUCUGGGAUUGUUCUGUAUAGGAUGCAGAGAAAAUUGCAUUACGUAGGUGUCUGAAAAAUAACCUGUGUAAUAUCAUAUAUCAAGAUCUGUCAAGGAAUAGAAUGUUUUAGGCAUGCAACAAGCAUUUUUGUUAUCAUACUACACUUUACAAGUGUAAUUUGUCCAAGAUUUAGUCCAUUUAUUUUGCAGUCUCCCUUUAUUGUGGAUCCUUGCAUUUUUAUGCCUGGUUGGGUUUCAUCCAUGUGGUUUCAUCCAUGUGGGGAGGUGAGCACUUUUGAGCUUCAGGAAUUGCUCUUAACAUUGUAGGAGAGCUUGAUGCACCUCUAGUCUAUAGACCCCACAGACCCUCCACGAAUAAAAGCAACAGACUUUUAUAAUAAUGAGGGUCAGGCAGAUAGCCUAGAUAGAUAAGUAGCACCUCUGAAAUAUUUUUGAUUUCCCAGCAGUUUACCAAACAUUUAAUUUACUUUAUUUUAAAGUGAAGGAACGUGAACAAAGAAAGAAACUAGCACAUUGUCUGCAUACUUGUAUUUAUGCCCCACUGAGGUAAGUAGCUCCCUUGUAUGAAAAAAGUUUUGCAGUAUUCCCAUACAGAUCAAAAUGUAUCAAUCAUUAUAACAUGCUUAAGAAUUCAUUGGCUUUCAAAACAAUUGAUGUACCCCAUAUGUGCCAGUAAGCUUGCAGAGGAAUUGUUAAAAUCAGCAGAUUAUUGCCAGAGCCCAGCAGUUACAGAGUUGAAUCCAUUGCUAGCACCACCAGGUAUCAAGGUGCCCAUAUUUACUAAUCUUGCAUAAAAAAAAAUACAUGCAUAUGUAGGGUUGCCACCUAUCCAGUUUUAACCCGGACAACCCAAUUUUCGGAAGGGCUGUCUGGGUCAAAACCACCUGCCCAUUUCUCCAAAUUAGGAAAACUGGGGCAGGUCUCACUGAAAUUGAUGCGGCUUCUGACUGCUUUUAAAGUUAUUACCAUGACAUAUAGAAAAGGUGACAAUAGACUUUCUCCUUUAAAACAUAAUUUUUUGUUUUUUUCACAUGCACUGGAGCUGGUUUGUGGUGCAGCAUGAAUAUAUUGACAUAAUACACAAUAUAUUUAUACCCAUCUAUCAGUUACCCUUAUCCAGAGGAACACAAUGCAUUACUGCCCACCAAUAUGUUUGUGGUUAAGAACAAGUGCAUGGCCUAUGCCAGAAGCUAAUUAUGAGCACCAAAAGAUGUAGGUGUCAUAUGCAUACCUCUAACCUCUGGCUGCCAUAAAAAACCCACAAUAAAGCAUGUCACUGUCUAAACAAUAAUUACCUUCUUAAAAAACUGUCCCACUGGGGCUACCCUUACAUAGUUUAGUAAUCAUUUCACAUUUGUAACAUUUAACAUUAUAAACCUAUGAUGGCAACUUAUAGCAAUAUCGUUGCCCAUCCUUGACUUAAGCCAUGACCAGGGAACAAUGAAAAAUAUUAUUUUCAAACAGUACUGUAUGAAUAGUAAUAAUAAUGUAAAAUAUGCAAUCACUAUUGGAAACAAAUUGGUAACGCAGUUCAAUGUUCCAUAUACAGAACAUACCAAAUUCAUAAUUGUGAUGACAGGAGUUAAUUAGAAUAGGUUUUAAUCUUUGAGAUAAGCAAGUUUUGAAAGUUUGUUAAUAUCGUCAGGAGACGGUGUAAAACUGGUCAAAAAAAGAGGACCUUUCCCCAAUAUGCCCACCUAAGGUUAAGUUCUAGGGCCCAUGCAGUCCCCAACAGAAAAAUCAAACCUGCCAAAACAACAUAUGCCCAAUUUUCGUCAAGAUAUUGAUCAGGUUGGCUCAUUAGUCCGAAGGGCCUAAAUCGGCAACUCAAAUCUGCCUGUGUAAGGCCACCUUUAGAGAAGUCAAGUGUUUUAUUUGAUUGAUAUCUGUGAUGUUUUAUUCUGAUUUAUAAAGCCGGUCUGUGCACAACAUCAUUAGCAAUGAUAUAAUAUUAUUGCAGAGACUGCAUUUUAAAGAUGUUAUCACAAAUUGGAAAGUUUAAGGUAAGUCUAAAGAGGACAGACUCCCAUCAAUGUAAAGGCUUUAUCAAAAUCAGAUGUAUUCACAUGCCUACACAUAGCUUACAUAUACCAUGGUCUUAUUAGCACAAAUGAGUUUUCUUUUCAUUAAGGGAAAAUGUUACCCUCUUUUGUCAUUAGCUUAUAGCUUUAUGUAGAAAAGUUGCAUUAAUGCUAUCUGAGAUUCCAUAAAUAAAUAUAAAUGUCUUUUUCCUACACAAACAUACCUGAUUUCACUCAUUGAAAAAAGCUAUGAUACUCGUAUGAGUAAUUUCCACACAAUGUAAUGCAACCCCACCCAUGCCUUUUAUUCUGGAGUAAUGUAUUCUGAGACUUGAAGUCCUUCUGCUUUGCAGAGAAUCUGUGCACCACUUGCUAUGGAAAACAGAGGGACUUCAAGUCCCACAUAACGUUACUUAAUGGCAUACAUAAGUGUGGGGCUGCACCACAUCUUUCACUAGUGGCAACUUGUACAUUCGUAAAUGGAAUUAGCAAGUGAUUAGUUGCAGCGAUUGGGUUUUUAAAAAUGGCGGCGACUAAUCUCCCCAUUUGUCUCUGCUCUAAGAGACAGUGAACUGCCAGCCUGUGAACAGAGAUAGAUAUAAUGGGUCCCUAUUUUCUGAUGCAUAUCAUCAAUACACAAGCUAUUGUUCUAGAGUUGCCAGCUUUUUUCCCCCUAGGUAUUUUAUUUGUGCGGAACAGGGGUGCUAAUUAACACAGAGCAUUUGUUCUGUAUUUGGAUCAUUCGUUGUAGGUUUCUCAUGGGUGGAAAGAAAUCAUCACCAACAAAUUAAAUGGAUGUGGCUUUCCAACUAAUUAUAGAUGCACAUUGUUUUUAUUUUGUUGUACAUGUUACAUACAUGUACCUUACACACAUAAUGUUCUGCUGUUAUAUAUAGUAUAUAUUAUGAUAAUUGACAUUACUGCAAAACAGCUGGAUUAUAUCUGCCUCAAAAAACCGAGAGAAUAUGUUUGAAACUUUGUUUUUAAAUACAUUAAGAUAUUAAUUUUUUAGACAAGCUCCUAUGAAUAAAACUUCCCCAGAGACUACUCACCUGUGUAUUUUCAUUUUUCCCAUUGUUCUAUGCCUUCAGCCCAUUCUGCAUAGUGGCUUAUCUGGGAUAUUAUGUUCUACACUUGAACACAAAGCACCUUCCUUGGUCCAAAACACUGUGAGGAUAUCCAACCCAUAAGUGUGGGGGAUACAAAAAGGGUAAAACCUAUAGAUGAAGCUAUCCAACAUUCUUCUUUGACAGAUAGAUGCUCCUUCCCUUAAACCUUACAGCCGCCUCUUGGCAGAGUUAAAAGUGGUAGUCAAAAGCGAAAUUAACCUGUAAUUCAGUUAUGGAGUAGAUUUUACAUGAAGAUAAUUUCCUCACAGUUUUUCCCAGUAUUCAUUAAUAUUGCAAUGUGUUCCAUUAAUUUAACUCAACAUAGAUAUGCAAGUGACUGCUGGUACCAAGGUUCUUUCACUUUUUUAGUAUUAGUAUUAUCAUCUAUUUUUAUAGCUAUGUAAGUGUAUAUAUAUAUGUAUAUAUAUAUAAGUAUGACAAUUUCAGAAUUUUACUUAAUGGAAAGCUCAGGGUUGACACCUCUUUUAGCAAAAUAGUUUUGUCAACCAGGUUCUUUAAUUUGAUUUAUUUAAUCCAGUAAAUAGAACAUGAGUAAGCCGAUGUCUUGGCAAGACGUUAUAUAUUUCAAAUUGUAUUUACGAACUUGUGUUGGUCACUUGGUCACAGAAUUUUUUUCUAUGGUAUACUAACACAUUUAUUUUCCAAUAAGCCUAAUUGUGUCUGUCCUUCUUGUGGUUUUUGAGUUCUUUGCAUUCUAUGCUUCAGAUUGCCAAAGUGCAAUUGGAAAUGAAGCCUGUUUGCUAUAAUAAGUGAUCCCUGCAACCAGAACAGAACCAGAAACAUUUUUUUAUUGUUGUUAUAUUUCUAUAUCUUUUUUUUUGCAGCCAUUCAGACAUCUAGUCAGUUGUUAAGAUACAUGAGCCUAGCACACUCAAAGCAGGUUAAAUGACAAAAGGAGAAAGUAAAUAAUUCAAAACCCACAAAAAUAAAUAACGCCAAAUGCUAGUUGUCCUAGAAUAACAUUGUCUAUAUUAUGUUCACAAUUAAACAACCAAAAUCAGCUGCAUUGUGGGCAAUCACUUCCACAUCCAAUUCCAAUGCUUUAGGGCACUGUCUAUAAAGCAUUGUACUUCUAAUUUUAAGCUGAGCUUCCUCUUAAAGUUGGGGCCUUUAAAAUUGGCAAACCUGACUCCAACAAGACUGGAUAAAAUGGUUCUUUCAAAAUAUUUGUGAAAUACUAUAACAUUAUGUACAACCAAAUGACAGUCUCUCAGGUGUGUCACUAACCAAAAUGAAGGUCAGCUUCCCUGAAUAUAUGCGCUUCCCUUUAAAUGAAUGUAGACAGAAGAAUAAGGACAUGGACAUGGCUAGAAUAUACAAUAUAUAUGUUGAACAAUGGAAUACUACUGUUCUGAUUUGCAUUUAAAAAAUGUCUUACUUUACUCAAAUCUAUUUUCCAACAAUGCAGUUCAUGGCAUUAACUAUUCAGGCAUUUGUUGGCAAUAAAAGUAUGACUAUUCCCGAAAUAAAUGUGACAUGGCAAUGUAUUUAUGUUUACAGUCCUAAAAUCUCUGAACUCAUGCAGUAAAACUGAAAAUACCUGCUAAUUAUUAUCAAUGUAUUAUUGCUGAAUAUAUGUACUAUGACAUGCCAGGAUUUGAUAAUAUAUCGAUAUAUUGAUAUAUAUGUAUAGAAUGACCACCAAACCUAAUUUGUACUUUGUUUAUUGAGAACACAUCAUUUUUUGAAGAUAUUAAUUUGCAGAAAAAUGAUAAUAAACAAUAAACCACUACCAA